CACGAGUCGACGCAGACCGCUGCGUGGCUCCCUCAACUCCACAGACCACCCCAUCCGCUCAUCGCCGGAGAGCAUCCACGCACGACCAAUCGGUAGAUUGUUCGCAACUAAAUCGCCGCUGACAUCUCCACAGCAGCAGCCCACAGUCAAUAUGAGUCAAUACCUCAACACUCCCAAAUCGGAGCUGGACGAAGCUCAAAUCCGAGCGUUGGAAGAGUACGAGACCUCUCAAGGACCCUUGUCUGUCUUGCAACAGAGCGUGAGGAACAAUACUCAGAUCUUGAUCAGCUUGAGGAACAAUAGGAAAUUGUUGGCUAGGGUGAAAGCAUUCGAUAGGCAUAGCAACAUGGUGUUGGAGAAUGUAAAGGAGAUGUGGACAGAGAUUCCAAAGUCCAAAAACAAGAAACCCAUCAACGACCGCUUCCUCUCCAAGGUCUUUUUGCGUGGGGAUUCAGUGGUGCUCGUGCUGCGCAACAGCGGAUGAGGAGUUUGCAGACAAAGAAGCUCGGCGUCUCCAUCCAGUCUCUGUUCAUGUCACCCACACAUCUCGGCUGAAAAUCAGAUCAGGUGCACAACACGGUUGCUUGGCGCAAAAAAACA